AUCGAAAUGUGAGACAGCGAGCGACUCGGACAGAGUACCACUCAGAUGGGACUCUACUAAUUCUUCUUCUUCUUCUUCUUCACCCAUUUCACUUUCUUAUCCGCUCAGAGAGAGCUGUGUAAGAUGGUGGGACCCGCGAGGCCUCAGUUUGUUCUAUUCGGAUCCUCCAUAGUCCAGCUCAGCUUCAGCCACCGCGGCUGGGGCUCCAUUCUCUCCGACGUCUACGCUCGCAAAGCAGACAUAUUGCUGCGUGGUUACUUUGGAUGGAAUUCACGGCGUGCUCUAGAGGUGCUUGAUCAAGUUUUUCCCAAGGAUGCAGCUGUGCAACCUUCUUUGUUGAUAGUCUAUUUUGGCGGUAAUGAUUCCAUGGGGCCUCAUCCAUCUGGGCUAGGAUCUCAUGUACCACUUCCUGAGUAUGUUGAGAACAUGAGGAAGAUUGCGAGUCAUCUCCAGAGCCUUUCAGAUUCAACGCGCAUCAUUUUUCUUAGUUGUCCUCCUGUGAAUGAGGCCGCAAUUCGUGCAAAUAAAAGUCCCUAUCUCAGUGAGUUAGUAAGAACGAAUGAGCUAUGCCAACAAUAUUCAGAAGCUUGUAUAAAGCUAUGCCAGGAAAUGGAUAUCAAGGUGGUUGAUCUUUUUACGGCAAUACAGAAAGGAGAUAACUGUUUUACAGAUGGGAUUCAUUUAUCAGCUGAAGGGAGCAAAAUAGUGGCGGAGGAGAUAGUGAAAGUACUGAGAGAAGCUGACUGGAAGCCAAGUUUGCACUGGAAAUCCAUGCCAACAGAAUUUGCAGAGGAUUCACCAUAUUAUCCUGUUGCAGCUGAUGGAAAGACGCCGAUAAAUCCCUCUGAAUGGACGUUUUAUAGAGAGUUUCACAUAUAGUUUCCCUUCUAGAGGCUUGCACAAUUGCAUAUUGAAGACUGAAGUAUCCAGUACUCCAUGGGACUCAAGUUCAACUGCAAUGCUACUUAAUAUACUUCAACAUUAAUCGUAUAAUUAUUUUUUUUUUUCUUUCUGCAAUUGGUUCUAGUAGUUGUUGGUAAAAGACUUGAGUUGUAAUAAUUCUUGUGCCUUCUCCUUUACCUACCUUAUUGACAGCGAUAACUAUCAUUCUACUGUGGACUUGGUUGGUUCUAUCUCGUUUU